AACGAAUUGUGUGGCGCGUGGCCUGUGGCAGCCUGAGGCACCCUGAGGCGGCGGGAGAUUAGGCCGAAGGCUGCAGGCCGGAGGGUGAAGGCUGGGCCUGUGGCGCACGCAGGCUCCCGCCGCCUCAGAGGACCAGGCUCCGGCAAGCAAGUGCGUCUGGGUGCAUGAGAGACGCUUAAACCAGGGAAGGUGUGAAGAAGAAAGAAAAGAUUCACAAGAUGAAGAUUUUCAAGAAGGGAUUUUGAAUUAAAGAAGACUUCUUAUAAUGACAAAUGAAUAAGAAAGAAAAGAAAAUACUUAAGGACACAGAGCAAGUGGGUAGCUCCAUCAGUACUGAGAUGCAGCUUUUGAAAUGACUAAAGUGGGCCUAAUGGCUACUGUGAUGAACUACAUAGAACCCACUACAUGAAAUGGGCAGCCACUGCUCAUGAAAUGGUGUUGUCAUCUGUAAUGAAGAUCACUGUAAAAGAGAAGACUGAGUAACACUGGACCUGGCUUCAAGACUUAGAAAAGAAAGUUAAAAUUAAUCAUUUCAGAUUUUGUGUUCUCAUUUCAUAAUACUUAGUAUUUUUCUAAAUGGAUUUAGGGAAUAGAAAUUAAAAUUCAGUGCUAUACCAAAAGAUGUGCUAAUAUUUGCUUUGACAGUUUUUUCUUUUCAUAUGAGAAAAGAAAGUAGAUAACUAAGAGCUAUAGUUGUUCAUAAUGAAAUAUACUAAAUGCAAUUUUAUGAUGUCAGUUCUUGGCAUUAUAAUCUAUAUAACUGAUUUAAUUGUGGACAUUUGGAUAUCUGUCAGAUUUUCCCAUGAAGGAAAAUAUGUUUUUGGUAUUUUAAUAUUAAGUUUUAUGCUUUUUGGAACACUAGUGGCCCAGUGUUUUAGUUAUUCUUGGUUCAAAACUGAUUUGAAGAAAGCAGGCCAAGAAGGUCAGCAUUAUUUUCUUCUACUUCAUUGCUUGCAAGGAGGAGUUUUUAUAAGGUAUUGGUUUGCCUUGAAAAGAGGUUACUAUGUGGCUUUCAAACACAGUGGGAAAACUAAUAAUUUCAUGGAUGAAGAGAUUGAUCCACAUAAAGAAGUUAUAGAUGGAGUGACUGAUUUGAGCAUGCUCAGACUCUUUGAGACUUACCUGGAAAGCUGCCCACAACUUAUUAUUCAGCUCUACCUCCUUCUGGAGCAUGGUCAAGCAAAUCUCAGUCAGUAUGCAGCCAUCAUGGUUUCCUGCUCUGCUGUAUCUUGGUCAACUGUUAAUUUUCAAAUAUCUUUAAGAAAAUCCUUGCCUGAUAAAAAUCUUCUAAAGGGAUUCUGUCCUAUAGCCACAUAUCUCUUUUACAAGUUGUGUACGUUGUUAUCUUGGAUGCUGAGUAUUGUAUUUCUGUUGUUCAUUAAUGUCAAGAUAGCUUUAUUUCUGUUGUUCCUUCUCUGGUUGGCAGGCUUAGUAUGGGCGUUUAAAAGGCAAACCCAGUUUUGUAAUUCCAAAAGUAUGGAAUUCUUAUAUAGGAUUGUUGUUGGAGUCAUUCUUAUUUUUACAUUUUUUAAUAUUAAGGGACAGAAUACCAAAUGUCCAAUGUUUUGUUACUAUAUUGUGAGGGCACUGGUCACAUUGGGAAUAUUGAUUGUGUUUUGGCUUUGCCCACUGUCUAUUUUUAAUUUAUACUACCUUAUAGCUAUCAGCAUCACUGUAGUUCUUUCUUUUCUCCUUGGAAUUAUUUUUCUUACUGUUUAUUAUGGGAUUUUUCACCCAAACAGAGGUAAAGAAACAGAAUGUGAUGAAAUUGAUGGAAAAUCCGUUCAAAAUGACUGUAGAAUGAGGUAUUUCCUAAUGGAAUAAGCUAUUUAUGAGAUAUGUUUUCUUAUUUUUGUUUCAAUGGUUAGUAAAGAAAAUGUAUGUUUUA